ACUCUGAAACACAAAUUCCAUGUGCCUAACCAUUAAUUAAAAAGAGUUAAGAAAAAUCAAUAAAUUUUAAAACUCCCUAGUAUAAUUUAUGAAGCAUGAUAUACAAUGAUGUUAUGCUUUAAUAAUUCAAGGCUUAAUAGUACCAUAAUAGAAUGUCUUUGGUACAAUUUUCACUGCAGUAAUAAUCGGCUUAUAUUUAUGAAGCAUGAUGCAUAAUAAUGUUAUGCUUUAAUAGUUCAAGGCUUAUAUUUAUGAAGUAUGAUGUAUAAUGAUGUUAUGCUUUAAUAGCUCAAGGCUUAAUGAUGCCAUAAUAGAAUGCCUUUGGUACACUUUUCACUUGCAUAAUAGAAUGCCUUUGGUACAAUUUUCACUUGCAUGAUAGUCCUUUGUAAUUGGCGCAUCUAUAUGGCUUUUAUAUAUAAAGGGCAAAUUAAGGGAAAAAAGCACAGGCUUAUAUUUUCAUCAUUUCGAGUCUACUUUAUAAAUUAUGCGUGUCAACAGUCAACAACACAAAGGGUUGAAGAGCUAACUGUUUCUGCGAAGCGAUAGGUAAAAGCAGUAGCCAGUGAAAACUUUCAUGGAGCUUGACCUGGAUUCGAUUUUAGAAUCUCAUGUUGAUGACUCUGAUGAUGAUCACUUACUGCAUCAUCACACUGUUGAUGAAAUUCUCCUCAAUCGUUCCUCCUCCUCUUCUUCGCCUCUACCUCCUUCUUCUCCAUCUGCUUUUAAGGACAAUUAUCUAGAUAGCCACAAUCGGUCGGUAGGCUCUUCUCAAUCUCUAAAACUGCCGCUAGAGUUGCAUCAGACAGAGAUAACAGCUGUGUCAAUUAGUAGAAAACAAUCGAGUGAAUUUUCUUCACCACAAGCAGGCUAGAGUGUAUUGCCACCAUUUUUUAGUGGGAUCAUCAGAUCAAAUUCAAAACCAGGAGAUGCCUUGGCUGCAGCAUUCGCUGCAUCGCACUCCAUUCCUGCACCUCGUACAGCAGCCAUCAAAUCCAGAAAAGCAAGCUCUGGAGUGCUGCAAAGGACUUUGGAAAGUGAUGAAACGGCUCCCAUAGCUUCUCCAGCCUGUACGAAUACUGAUGUUUCUGACAAAAGUCUUGACACUUCUGGGUGCUCAGAGUUUUCAGAUGAGAUUGGUUCUGAGCAUAUUGUCUCGGAAUGUAACAUAAAGGAUCUGUUUCAAGCUGCUCAAGUUCAACUAAAUGAUACAGACAAUUAUGGUAGGGAGGCAUCUACAGCAGAUGCUGGUCAGGACAAUAUGAAUACUGCUGAUGCAGAUGAUGUUUCUGUGGUGGAUGAUUUUUCAAUUAAAAGUAAUUUGAAGGAAGCUCUAAGUUAUACUAGAACUCAAGUGGAAUCUCCUAGUAGAACUGAAAAAAACUUAAUUUUUCAUGAUAGCUCUGGGUUGGAUGAGAUUGAAGAUAGACAAGUUCAAUCUCUAUUUAGAGGCGAAGAUAAUGUUGUUAGUGCGGAAAGCAGCGAAGAAGCUACUACAAAGGAGGUACUCUCUUCUCCAGUUUAUGAAACUCUUUCUGACGAAGAUUUGACUAAAAAGGAUGGUGCAAAACUUGAGCAUGAGAAUGUAAUUCCUCAAUCUAAAGGAGAGGUCAGUUCCAAUGGAGAUGAAACCGAUUCUUUAAGUGAUGCUGCAAGUAUCAUUGAGGAGUUAGUUCUACAACGGGGAAAUAUGGGGGAUAGUACAAAGCCUUAGAAAAAUUACCACUCUUACUUGAAGCCCCUAGAAUUGGCUGAGGAAGAUGAAAAGAAGCAGGCCUUCACGGCUAUGCACUUGGAAGAGGGUGCUUCUGCUCAACCAAUGAGGCUUGAUAGAGUUCAUAGGAGUUCUAAUGUCUUGGGUUACUUUGAUGUAGAUGACAACAAUACCAUCACCAAAACCCUUUUAUCUCAAGCUUUCAGGCAUAAGCAUGGAUCUUCACAGGUCCUCGCUGUUCACCUCAAUUACAUUGCUGUGGGGACGUCCAAAGGAUCAAUUCUUGUGAUGCCAAGCAGAUACUCUCCACAUCAUGUUGAUAACAUGGAUGCUAAGAUGUUGAUAUUUGGAUCACCAGGAGAUAGACCUCAUGUCCUUGUAACUUGCUUGAGCUUUAAUCAGCAAGGGGACAUGCUCUUUGCAAGAUAUGGGGAUGGGCAUUAUACUGUAUGGGAUGUGCAAAAGGCGUCUGUGCUUAAAGUUGUCACUGAACAUAAAGCACCAGUUGUGCAUCUUUUAUAUUUAGGGCAAGAUUCUCAAGUUACUCGGCAGUAUUUUACUGUGCUCAGUGGUGAUACUAAAGGCGUAGUUAACUUAGACCGGUUUGCAGUGUAUUCCUUGUUCAAAACAAUCUCCCUUUCAAAGUCCCAGGAACUGCUAAAUGAAAGCAACAGCACUACAUUAUGUGCGGUGCCACUAAUAUCUGGUGAAAGUUAUGGAGGUGCUACGGUGGCUUCUCAAGAGGGAGGUGGCCCUUCUUUGAUUGAGGAAGGUGUGGUCAUACUUGGCACUCACCAAUCUACUCUAGUGGCAAAAUUUAGCCCCACAUUUAAAGUUUAUGCAAAAAUUCCACGUCCUGAUGAUGUUAGGGAGGGUUCAAUGCCCUAUGCUGCUUGGAAAUAUAUGGAAUCACAUAUUUCUUUCGUUUUUGAAAGUAUGUCCACUGAAACAUCAGCUUUUUCUCUGCUUGCAAUUGCUUGGUAUCGAAGAGUUCAAGUUGCUAAGCUGGUGAAAUCUGAGCUAAAAGUUUGUUGGAAAUGGACUACGGAUAGCUUAGCAGUCGGGCUGGCAUGGUUGGAUGAACAGAUUUUGGUAAUUCUCACAGCAAUUGGACAACUUUGUUUGUUUUCGAAAGAUGGGAAUUUGAUCCACCGGAGAAGUUUUUCCAUGGAUGGAUCUUGUGGAGAGGAUCUUAUGUCAUACCAUGCUUACUUCAGCAAUGUCUUUGGAAAUCCUGAGAAAGCUCAUCACAACUAUUUAGGUGUUAGGGGGGCAACUUUGUACAUACUUCGGCCAUCCCAGCUUGUUGUUUCACGCCUUCUUUCCUGGAAGAAACGAAUAGAAGUUUUACAUAAAGCAGGUGACUGGAUGAGUGCACUGAACAUGGCAAUGUCUCUUUAUGAUGGUCAGGCACAUGCAGUUAUUGACCUUCCAAAGAACUUGGAUGAUGUGCAGAAGACUCUUAUGCCAUAUCUUGUACAGCUGCUGUUGUCAUAUGUAGAUGAGGUAUUCUCCUACAUAGCAGUGACGUCUGGCAACCAACAUGGGCAGUCAGGCCAAUAGAAUGAAUUGAAGUAUGAUGGUGACUUUGUGAAUCCUGAUAUUAAGGAGCAUUACACUCUGGUUGGUGGUGUUUCCAUUGAAUUCUCUCUUCAUAUCAAGAGACUCGAUGUUCUCUUUGAUAAAAUUUUUCCAAAGUAUGUUGCUGUGAAUCACAAGGAUACAUUUUUGGAGCAUCUGGAGCCAUAUAUAUUGAAAGACAUGCUAGGAUCUUUACCACCUGAGAUAAUGCAAGCACUAGUGGAGCACUAUAGCACUAAAGGUUGGUUACAGCGUGUUGAACAGUGUGUUCUCCACAUGGACAUGUUGUCCCUGGAUUUCAAUCAGGUUGUUCGCCUAUGCAGGGAGCAUAGGCUGCAUGGCGCAUUGAUCUACUUGUUCAACAAAGGUCUUGAUGAUUUUUGAACUCCUUUGAAAGAGCUCUUUUUAAUUUUCCGGGAUAGCAAAAGAGAAAGUGCUACUGCUCUUGGGUACAAGAUGCUUGUUUACCUCAAGUAUUGUUUCCAAGGUUUGGCUUUCCCUCCAGGGCGUGGAACACUCCCUUCUACACGUGUGCCGUCUCUUAAAAGAGAGCUUGUACAAUUUUUGUUGGAAGAAGUGAGUUCACCAAAUUCUUCGACAGCAAUGUGCGUACCUUAUGGUGGACCAAACCCAAACCUGCUCUCUCUGUUAGAGCUUGACAUGGAGGCCACCUUAGAUGUUUUGCGAUAUGCGUUUGUAGAGGAUGAAAAUGAAAGAUACAAUCUUUCGUGGAAUCCAGUGAACUCAAAGACGGAGACAACUGAAGUAGACAUUUCAACUAUUGAAGGCGCAAACUUAGUUCAGAAAGUAGUGGAUGUCCUUGCGGUCAUUCUUAAUCUGAGUUAUUUCCAAACGGGUGGUUCUUUUAACAGUAAAUAUGAAAGAUGUACUGACAUUUGGCCUACAAGGAAAGAUACCGAGAACGUAUUGGAUUUUAUUUCUUUUUUAAUUGCCUCUGAAAAAGCUAAGGUUUCAAAAGAUUCCCUUAGUUAAAUUUUUGAGUACCUGACACUGGGUAGUUUACCCAAUGAUUCUGGGCGGAUAGUUGAAACCUUCAAUAGGAAACAGAAGCAACUGACUGCACUUAUAGAAGUUUUGCCAGAGGAAGACUGGGAUGCACAUUGCUUACUGAAUAUAUGUGAGAGAGGUCAGCUGCAUCAGGUGUACGGCUUAAUUCAUGCCAUCACACAUUAGUAUCUUUCUGCUUUGGACAGUUUUAUAAAAGCUGUUGAUGAGCUUAUUCUUGCUUUUGCAUUUAUUGAUGACAUAUUGCGGUAACUGAGAGGCAAAGAAGCUGAUGUUUUCAGAUCAGCAGUCAUUUCUCGAAUCCCAGAUCUACUCAAGUUGAACAGGGAAGGAAUUUUUUUUUUGAUUGUCAGCCAUUUUGGAAAGGAGCGUGAUUACAUUUUGUCUCAGCUGCGAUCUAAACCAGAAAGUCUUUUCGUUUAUCUGAAGACACUCAUUGAAGUUCAUUCAACAGGCACCCUGAACUUCUCUUCUAUAAGAUAAGAUAAUGCUUCAGACUUCCUCUGUGGAAGAAAGAAGAAACAUAUGUCCACUGAAGCUUACCUGGAAACCUUGUCUGACUUACCUAAGCUCGUGCAGAACUAUCCAAUUGUCUUAACUGAUCAAAUGGCAGAGCUUUAUAUUGAG